CCCCUACCAAUAGGCUGCUCGUUCACAGUAGUUGUUUGGAGGUGUGGUAAACAUCUCAGCUUUCUCCAGGCAUCAGUAAUUUUUAGUAUGAAUGGAAGUGAUGAAGGCACUUAUAAAAUACUAGGAAUCAAACAAUUCACGGGGUAGUUUGCUGCUGAAUGUAACACAAAAUUAAUAUCUCUAUUGAAAUGAUCCACUGACACGAAGUCACCACAAGACCUCGACCGAUAGAAGAUUGAUGUCAGUAGAAUAGUAGAGUUUUCACAGGUGUUCGGAUAUGUCGAUUGGUUUUUGAAACUUUGAAUAAUAUGUACUUUUAUGUCAAGUGAGAGACCGAAAUUGUGAAGGAUUGUAGCUAACAUUUCUUCUCUCACUAACUACUUUUUCUAUAAAUGCUUACAAUGGUAAUCCAUUAGGUUCCUUUGUUUUAUGCCUUCACGUUACAUGUGGCUUUCUUAAGAUUGGCCUGAGUUGGAAGCUGUAUGUCAGUGUUCUGAUCGAACUUAAGCAGCUUAAGAAAAGCAUGAGACUAAUGGUAUUGUUCAUCAGUGUUCUGGUAGUUACAUUCAUGUUUUGCGGAUUGGUAACCUGUUCUCAGCUUUUGUCUCGUUAUCCAUCAGCAUUUCCGGACAGUCUUCUUUGUAUUAUAAAUAUCUCAGAGUCAUUUUAAGUUUUGCAAUCUUUCUUCUUUACAGGUUUUUUCAUAUGCUGUUCUAUUAUUUUCAAACAUUGUAAACUAAUAUGAUUGCUUUUAAAAUUAUUAGGUACCCCAUUGGAUGUUUCAUUUACUCCCUUUUGAACUACAUUCUACGGUCAUAAUGAAUUUCGCGUCAUCCUCAGUCUUGCUCUACAUACAACAGUAAACUGACUGAUGUGUGAUUUAUUCCCCUGAUUUUACGCUUGAUUUCAUGGAUUUUUUUCAUGAUAAAAUCAAUUCAUGCAUUAAUUUCCCUUCGAAAGGAAGGAGUUGCUGAUUCAUCAGGUCAUGGUAAUUGAGCGGUUAAUGAAGAAAAUAAACGUGAAUCCUGUACCGAAAAAAGUUCUUAAACCUACAGCAGUGUUGUCUUUGCCUAGAUAUCCUACACUGACGUUUGGUAUACCACUUAAAGAGAUUCUGGAACGUGAUAAAACUGAUAUUCCAAUUGUAGUCACUGAUAUUUUCAAUUUCCUGUUAAAUAAAGGAGGUCUACAGUCUGAAGGUAUAUUUCGUGUAAAUGGUAAUUCACGAACAGUGGAAGCCUUGCGUACACUUGUCGAUGAAAAUGGCACCUAUUGGCAUUUGAGUGAAUUUUCAACUAUAACUGGUGAUUCAGAUCGAACAGUUGAUGUUUUCUCCGUUGCUAGUCUUUUAAAGUUAUAUCUAAGAGAAUUACCAGGAGGAUUAAUUCCAGAAAGUAAAACGUCCUUAUUUUUGAAGGUUUAUUCAGAAUAUCGAUCGAAACGUGAAACAUAUCUAACUCAGCUGGAGAAUUUAAUUAUUCAACUACCUGUAUCCAAUUAUACACUGUUAAAGCAUUUAUGCCAAUUCCUUUAUCGUGUCUCCAUAUAUCAAGCUGAGAAUAAAAUGUCAGUUGAAUCAUUAGGUAUUGUAUUUGGACCGAAUGUAUUUCGAUUUACACCAGAAAAUAUAGGCUAUCGUGAACAGAAUUCAAUUAAUCAUAUCAUGAGUUUUCUAAUUGAACAAUCUAAUCAUUUAUUUCGUAUGAUUGCACCAAGUUGUGAAAAUGUGAUAACGCCAUUAAGUGAUUUGUCAAAUGGCGGUGGCGGUGGGGGUGGUGGUGGUUAUUCGUCACAAAUCUCACGUGUUCCACUUAUGGCUGCUGCUGCUACUACUACUACUUCUACAACUGAUGCCAUUAUUAUUAAUGAUGGUGAUGAUGAUGAUGAUGAUGUUGAUGAUGGUGACAAGAAGUAUAAAGAAAGAUAUGAAAAUGAAACACCCGAUAAUAUGUCCGAAAUGAAUUCUUACAAUGAUGAUGAUGAUAUCGAUGAUGAAGGCGGCGACGAGGAUGUUCAAACAGAAAGUCUUACCACACAUUCAACUACUAUGGCUGGAACAACAAUGUAUCCGUCAAUGAAUCGAGUUACAAGUGCUUAUUGUCCUGGUUCACGAGUUGGUGGUGGUGGUGGUGGUAUUAUGACUUCAACAACAGGGACAAAAACAACAGCACUACCAACAACAACAACAAUGACGUCAUCAAUAAAAGGAUUAAAUACACCAGAUGAUAUUCCGUUGAAGACGAAAACAUCUAACUGUGAUAUCAUUUCAUCUUAUCUUGAAAUGGCUAUUCGUUCGUGUAUUGAAGAGCAUUUAUUCCAUGAAAGAUUAUCUGAAUGGAAAGUGUUCAACACCACUGAAAAGUUUGAUACUACUAAUUAUCCAGUUGGCUUCAAUCAUACAUUAAAGCCGAGUUGUAGUGAUAAUAUUACAUCGCAGAAGAUAAAUUUGAUAGAUGAAGGAGAUCCACCGAGUUUUGAAUUUAAACACGCUAAAGUACUAUCAGGAAUUGACUUUGCCAAUGAAUCCAGCGAUCAAAUUCAUCAAAAGUUAACCCAGCAUUUAUAUAUACUGAAAUCACGUGUACGAGAAUUUGAAAAGCGAUUUGAACAUGAUUAUGGACGUAAACCAACCAAUUCGGAUAAAUAUUCUGAUCCAAGGAUUAAUGAUAUAAUGUGUCAAAUAUCUGAAGUCCAUGCAGCAAUGAAGUAUAUCAAGUCAUCAGAUAAAUCGUCUGAUCAAAUUACCAAUAAAAGUAAUCCAUCUGUGACAACUAAUACUCCUAUUGAAUGUACAGCCUACAAUGGAAUUACCAACACAAAAAUGACAUCUUCAGUGUAUUCUUUAAAUCAUUCUCCUAGUAAACAGUCAAUUUAUAAAACACAUGAUGAAGUGAAAGAUUAUAUGAGAGAGCUUCGUUCACCAAGUGGUUAUAUCCCUUCUAAACCAUCAAUGGAAUUGAAUGCAGCAGCUGAAAAUGGAAAUCCAGCAGCAGCAGCAGGUCAAAUAGAGUCGAAUACUACUGGUAAACCAACUGUUGAAAGUACUUUUCUACUCCUUUCAAAUCGGUUAGCAGAGAAACGUGCCAGUGCAAAUCGUCCUGAAUCUCUUCAUCUUAUGAAUCCUAAACAAAUUGAAGCUGAAAAAUUAGCCUUACAGAAAGCGCUAUUGUAUUUUGAAAAUCUACACGGUCGACCAAAAGAACGUGAAGAUCGGAUUACAAUGCGACCAUUGUAUGAUCGUUAUCGUAGUGUUAAACGUCUUCUAGCCAGUAUACAAUCUAAUCAAAAUGUUAAUUUACCUGAGAAUACCGAGGAGAAUAGUGAUACCGAUGGUUAUUUGUCUAUUCCAUCCAAUGAUGAUAUUGUUCGUCGAAGGUCAAUACAAUCACCGGUUAUUCUGUCUAAUCAUCAUCAACAUUUUGAUAGUAACAAUCAUCCAAUGAAAUCUAUUCAUCAGUCAACAACAACUGGUAUGUUUAUCAAUAAUAAUACAUCUUCAUAUAAGUCAAAUACUCCUGUUUCUUCUUCUUGCUAUUCCACUAUACAACAAUCAUCUAAUCGAUUAUUUUCCAAUGAUAAUACCUCCUCAGUAUAUGAUAAUUAUUAUUCCCAAGUUUCGCAUAUUCCAUCCUCUUCUGUUUCAUUAUCAUUAACAAAAACAUCUAAUAUUCCUACAUAUUCUUCGAUUCCUGCGUCUCAAAACAAUUUCAGUCAACACCACCAUCAUCAUCGGCUAGAUGAUAUUGAUGUCGUUGUUGAUGACUGUGUUGACGACGAGGAGGGUGAUUUUGAAAUAACACAAAAACAGUCAAUCUCAUCAACAAUUAAAUCUGGUCAUAGGACGGAUGCUAACAGAUCAACAACUACAACAACAACAUCAGCAAGUCGUCUUGAUAGAUUAACACAUACAGAUAAACAGAAUUUGAAUGAUUUCACCAUGAAAAGACAGAAUAGCAAUAAUGAGUGGUUUGGUACAGUCGGUUUAAGCAGACGAAAUCAAGCUAGUGGAGAUAAUGAUUACUACACGACUACUAAUACUUCCAGUUCACAGAAUAAGCUUCCCAAUGACAUGUAUCCACGUAUUCAACAGGAGAAUGGAUUUUCUUCAUCCGGAGGAGUGGCAGCAGUGACAACAGCAUAUGGUGGUGGACCAACUAGACGCUCAAGUACUAAUACAAAUGAAUACUCUUCACCUAUGCAUAAUCAUCAUCAAGAUAAUUUCACCGGUUCCACACCAGCUGUACCCUAUGAUUCCCCACCAUUAUCAUUAUCUUCAUUAUCUAAUCCACGUAUUAAUCAAGUCAGCAGUAAUAUUGAUUUAUCGAGACCGAAUAACAGUAAUGUUUCUGUGGCUAGUGUGAAAAAUCGACGUCGUAUACUUACGAAUUCUGAUAAUGCCAUUAAUUCUAUGCCAAGUAGUACAACAGCAACAACAACCGACAAAUAUGUUGAAUCAUCACAAACUAUACCAUCAUCAGAUUUAUCCAGUUGGUCAAUUAAUGAUUUAAAGGCAGCAUUACGUAAUCUACGUGAAUCAAAACGUCAAUUGCAGAAAACUUUAAAAGAUUUCGAACAUGAAUUUACUCAAACCACUGGUCAAAAGGUAGAACGUGCUGAUCGAUUACGUAUGCGUCCACAAUACUGCCAGUAUAAAGCGUUAAAAACACGUCUACUUCAGCUGGAAACUGAACUAAAAGGUCGAUGUGCUUAA